CUCAGUCUCAGGGCUUUUUAAAAAAGAGCCAGAAGCUUCAAUGUUGCAUGCCGUGCUAUGACAACGUCACUGCUCCUCCGUCCGCGCUGGGUCGACCCCUCGGUAAUGUUCCUCUACGACAACGGUGGCGGUUCCGAUGAAGUGACCAAGAACAUGGAGGGUUUUGCUGGUGUCAACUUUGCAGCGAGCCAGUGUAGGAAUCUUAUGGCGCACCCCGCGUCCCUGGCACCCAGCACGGCUUACUCUUCCAGCGACUUGCCCACCUCUGGUAUGAGCGAGCCAGUGAAACAGUGCAGCCCUUGCUCUGCAGCUCAGAAUUCCUCCAGCGCCUCUUUGCCUUAUGGGUACUUCGGUAGCGGUUACUAUCCGUGCAGAAUGUCGCAUCACAGCAGCAUAAAAUCUUGCGGAACACAGCCCCCCUCCGCGUAUGGGGAAAAAUACAUGGAUACCUCUGGCUCGGGCGAAGACUUCACCUCUCGGGCAAAGGAAUUCGCUUUUUAUCCGACCUACACUUCAGGUCCAUACCAACCUGUCCCCAGUUACCUGGACGUUCCCGUUGUGCCAACGAUCAGCGCGCCUUCAGAGGCCAGGCACGAGACCCUGAUGCCUAUGGAGAGCUACCAACCGUGGACUCUCGCAGCCAACGGCUGGAACGGCCAGGUUUACUGCGCCAAGGAGCAGCCUCAAUCUGGACACAUGUGGAAAUCCUCCAUGCCAGACGCGGUGUCCCAUUCCGGAGGAGAAUCUGGCUCUUAUCGACGUGGAAGAAAGAAGCGCGUGCCAUACACCAAGGUGCAACUGAAGGAACUUGAGCGCGAGUACGGCGCCAAUAAAUUUAUCACGAAGGACAAAAGGAGGAGGAUUUCUGCCCAGACCAACCUGUCUGAGAGACAGGUCACUAUAUGGUUUCAAAACAGACGCGUAAAGGAGAAGAAAGUGGUCCACAAAUUGAAACCCAUCAGCUAGUUUCUUUUUUCUUUCUACGGACAAUAUCUGGUGGAGAUAAACUACCACACAAACUACCACACACACACACACAAACACACACACACACACACACACACAC